AUGCAACAUCAUGAAUUGUCAGACGACGAAAUUAUCACAUCUAUAUACAAAUCAUGCUUCUCCAAAGUAAGCACAACAUUUUUGGAGAAACUAGUCAGAGAGAUUGCUGCAUGGACUGGUGUCCAGACAGUAAUGAUUCAACGAUUGUUAACAGCAAGAGAAUACAACGAUUUGAGACACAACGAAGGCUGCCCGCAGGUUCGAUUGAUUAAAGGCAGUAACUCCAAAUCUAAAAGUGAAACAUCCCCGCUUCAAGGCGGAGGAUUUGCAUUUAUUGACUACUUAUUUAUAAAAGCUUGUUAUUCCAAAGUUAAACAUCCAGCACUGACAAAAUAUUCAGCUGCUCCUAUUACUUCAUUUGAUCAUGAUGCGCCACAUAUUCAAACAAUACGAUGGAAAGAAUAUCACGACGAACAGAACGGUCCAUUUUGUGGGUCCGUUUAUCCCGUGUUUCACAGUUUUGUGGGCUUGCGACUAGAUCAAGAUGACGUUCCCAUUGGUAUGAUUGCGGUUAUGGAUGAUAGGCCUAUGGAUGCAAGCCAGAUUAAGUUAAUAAAAACCAUUCUGUCUGCUGUUGAACUAAGAACUGUGAAUGAAAUUGGACGAUUGCGUUAUCGGGAUAACCUCAUUGUAGCAAAAAACGCUGCCUUACAAGAUGCCGAAAGUAAAAUCAAAUUCUUGGCUGACAUGAGCCAUGAAAUAAGAACCCCAAUGAACGCAGUGAUAGCCUUAACCGAUCUAUUAUUACAAGAAAGAAAUCUACUUAACGUUGAACAAGCAGAGCAUCUUGAAGUAAUUCAAACGAGCGGAAACCAUCUUUUGACUGUUAUCAAUGAUAUACUUGACAUAACAAAGAUAAAUCAUGACCCUAAAUUCAAACUGGAGAACAGAAGAUUCAGUAUUCGAAAAUGUGUCAAAGACGCGCUCAACAUGGCCAGACAUCAAGCAUCAAUGAUCCAGCAUCAGAGAUUGGUGCAUCUAGUUGAAUGUCCACCAGAAGUCAAUGACAAUAUUCCUCUCAAUCUACUGUUGAACCAACUAGGUCUGAAUAAUAUGCUUUUAUCACCGCCAAAUACGCGUAAAGCCAUUCUACCACUAUUAUGGAAAAUCGAAUCAGAUGUACCUGACCAUCUUGUCGGCGAUUCUAUGCGCUUGACACAAAUAUUGCUCAAUCUAUGCUCUAAUGCCGUAAAGUUCACCAAAUCAGGAGGCAUUCAAGUGAAGAUUCAGAUUCAUGUUCCUCCUGAAAAACAAGUACCAAAUAAUGAUAGCAAAUAUGCUAUUUUCAAAGAACGUUACGACGCGAAAAUUGAAAGUAUGUAUACUCUUCAAGGAAGAAGCAGAAAACCGAAACGUUCAGAGUACAUCAAUAGUGCAUCAGCUUCCGAAGACGAUAAUUGCGCAGAGCAGUCAAGCGAAAAUUAUGAGAACGGUUUGACGAAUGGAGAAGAUGACGGCACAACAACAGAUGACGAGGGCACCGUUGACAAGGUGAUACUCGAAAUAUCUGUUACAGAUACUGGCAUUGGUAUGCCUGCUGAUCGGCUUCCGCGGCUGUUCAAAUCGUUUUCACAGAUCGAUAUUUCCACGGCCCGUCGCUUCGGCGGAACGGGCCUGGGGUUAGCUAUUUCCAGUACACUUGUCAAUCGAAUGGGCGGUGGACUUUGGGUAGAAUCAGAAGAAGGAAUAGGUUCAAAAUUUGCAUUAACUAUUCCUCUAGCUAUCUACAAGAAGCCCUCAAAAGUAACUCUUAGACCUCGGUUGGCUAACGAUGACAGCUCUGAAGAUGGAACAAAUACAGGCAGCAGUGUAAUAGCGUCACCAUCGUCCCCAGGUUCCAUUCUAUCUGAUAGCAGCUCUUGUACAGCAGAGCAGUCAGCUUUAGGCCAUAGUACUGCUCAUAACCUUUCCCCCUCAUCGUCAAACCAUGCAGAUUACUUCUCUACUCCGUUCAGUGUGCAACAAAAUAACAAUACUUGUUAUAGAAACGAUACAAAAGCAGAAACAUCCCAUUCACUGCCAGCUAUGCAAUCAGCGAAGCCUACUGCAGCAACCGUAGCUAAUAGAACUCCUUCAAACUUAGCACCUUCACCACAACAUACCAGUACAGCAAUUAAUACAACUAUUAAUACUACCCCUAAUACAACUACUAUCAGUUCUAAUAUAGAUAAUAAUUACACUAUGAAUCGAGAAAACAUUCCUUGCCCUAGUGACACUGGUACAAAUACUCUAAGCUCUAGUCCUGGCAAUAAGAAUUUUAAUAAUUCUGCAUACACAGGCAGCCGGAACAAUCGAUUGACUCUCGUUAUCAGUAAAGGUUUGCAGAAUUUUCUGCCCAAAUCCCAACAGGCAGAUGCAAAGACUUUCGAAGCUAAUCCUACACCAGCUACAUCUAAGCGAUCACAAGGUCCAGUCAGCCUAGAAGAAGAGUCACCGAUUGCAAACAUAUCACGUCAUAUAAUCUCGAAAUCUAAAAAGUCAAAUAGUCAAAACGAGGAAGAAAAUCUGGCAAAACUACACCCGAUAAAGAUAAUGUUAGCAGAGGAUAAUAUACUCAAUCAAAAGAUUGCUGUUAGCAUUUUGAAGCGAUUGGGUUAUCAAGAUGUCGUUAUAGCCGGGAACGGUCGUGAAGCAUUAGAACUGAUGCGCAUUCACAAAUUCGAUGUGAUAUUCAUGGAUUUAUACAUGCCAGAAAUGGAUGGUUUGGAAGCAACACGGCACAUAGUGUUAGAGCGAAAAAAUAGAAUAGCAACGAAAAAUGUUGUGCAAGCAACAGAUUCAGACAAAAGUAACGAGGAGCCUUUGCUAAAUGUGAACGACGUCUAUAUAAUUGCACUGACGGCUUCAGCAUCGACGAAAGACCGGCAAAUAUGUAUUGAUGCUGGCAUGAACGACUUUAUCAGUAAACCAUUUACUAUGAUGGAAAUGAAAGCUGCGUUGAAAAGUUGUGUACAUUACCGGAAAAGGCGACAAAAAUCCAAAUCACACAAAGGUAGUGGAAGGACACAUAAACAUACGGGCAAUAGCAGCAAUUGUGGGAGCAGCAGCAGUAGCAGGCGAAGAGUAACGAAAAGCUCACGGUCAGGUUGUAACACUGACUCUUCUAUUCAUUCUGAAGAAAAUAUAGCAUUGCUGUCAAAUUAA